AUGUCACGUUUUCACGUACCCGUUCCUGACUAUGAUUUUACUAUUGGAAAGCACCGGAACCCAUAUACAGCAGUAGCUCGAAAUCCUUAUAUUCCAACUCCGGAUUACACUGUAAAGAACUACAAACCCAAAAACCGCCCAUCGUUGAAUUCAAUCGGAACGGAGUUUGCCCCGCAGAAUGUUCCAGAAUUCCAAGAAAUCCAAACUCAGCAACUUCCAGCAAUAACCAUCCCAAUCGAAGUGUCCCAACCGUCAGUACAAAAACAGCCAAGUUUCCAAAGACCAACUAAUCCAACAGUGUCCAAGCAACCAGAUGAAAACUUCAAUUAUCCAGAGAUUAAGCAGCACUCGUAUAUGGAGGAUCAUGAAAACGAUAAAGAACGUCAUAUGUCCACCAAAGAGCACAUCAAACAAAUUGGUGUCCCAGUGCUGCCAGGAAUGACCACACCCAUUUUUGCACAGCCCAGUUUUGAACUUUCUGGAGCUCCAGUAGCCACCGAUCAAAAUCGAGCCUAUUUACGCCACUUGGAAAACCACAAAAAGUUUGAUACCCUCCGAGGUGACCGUGGAAUUGACGAUUGCGAAAUAUGUCAGAUUAUGAGAAAACAACUGGAGGCAGAAAAACAGGAUUCCGGACACCACUCGUUGGAAAAUGGCGGCCGGGGAUCGAGCAAUGGAAGUCAGAGAAAGCGAACAGAUGUCCGUGACAUAUUCCGUAUCGAAGAGCAACCUGAACCGGAACCAUUAUUCCAAGCCAUCCGAGCUCGUGCCCGCCACAACUACAUAAUGAGAAGAAAAGGAGAGGCCACCAUUCACGCUAUGGAGGAAGUCAAUAUACUCAACAUGGACGGAGGGUAUGCAUUGUGUCACAAAUCGGAUAACACUAUGGGAUGGGUGCCCGCUUCAGUUUUUGAGCUGUAA